UUGAAAAGAGAAACUCCGAAAUCCUUCUCUCAAAACCCCUCUCUCCCUUCUUUCCAUCAGCAUUCCCUCCUCCCUUUAUCCCUUUUCCAUUUUUAUUCUCCCUUUUUUUCAACUACCUCAGUUCUAUCCCAACUUUCUUUUUGCAUCGAUUGUUUCCUUCGAGACUCAAGCACAAUGGGCUCCAUCGCGAACGGCGUGCAAAAGCGAGAGGGUACCUUCCUCUUCACCUCUGAGUCUGUUGGAGAGGGCCAUCCAGACAAGAUUGCCGAUCAGGUGUCCGAUGCCAUCCUCGAUGCCUGCCUUGCUGAGGACCCUUUGUCAAAGGUCGCUUGUGAAACUGCAACAAAGACUGGCAUGAUCAUGGUUUUUGGUGAGAUUACCACAAAAGCCAAUCUUGAUUACCAACGAAUUAUUCGAAACGCUAUCAAAGACAUUGGCUACGACGACUCCUCUAAAGGUUUCGAUUAUAAAACUUGUAAUGUCCUUGUUGCCAUUGAGCAGCAGUCUCCCGAUAUCGCCCAAGGUCUCCACUACGACGAAGCUCUGGAGAAACUCGGUGCUGGAGACCAGGGUAUUAUGUUUGGCUAUGCCACCGAUGAAACCCCUGAAUUGUUACCAUUGACGAUCCAGCUUGCCCAUAAGCUCAAUCGGGCCAUGAAGGAGGCUAGAUUAGAUGGCAGCCUUCCAUGGCUCCGCCCUGACACUAAAACUCAAGUUACCGUUGAAUAUGCCCAUGACAAUGGUGCGAUGAAGCCUCUUCGCGUUGAUACUGUGGUUGUCAGCGCCCAGCACAGUGAGGAUAUCACUACUGAAGAGCUCCGCAAAGAGAUCUUGAACAAAAUCAUCAAAAAGGUCAUUCCCGAAAACCUUUUGGACGACCGCACCAUUUACCAUAUCCAACCAUCCGGCUUAUUUAUUAUCGGUGGUCCUCAGGGUGAUGCUGGUCUAACCGGCCGGAAGAUUAUUGUCGAUACAUAUGGCGGCUGGGGUGCCCACGGUGGUGGUGCUUUCUCCGGAAAAGAUUAUUCCAAAGUCGACCGUUCUGCUGCUUAUGUUGCACGGUGGAUCGCUAAGUCUCUUGUCAACGCCGGCCUCGCUCGUCGUGCCCUUGUUCAGCUCUCUUAUGCUAUCGGUAUUGCUGAACCGCUUUCGAUCUUCGUCGAAACUUAUGGCACCUCCACCAAAUCUUCCACCGAGUUGGUGAAGAUUAUCAGAGACAACUUCGACCUCCGACCCGGCGUUAUUGUGCAGGAACUUGACUUGGCCAAACCCAUCUACUACAAGACCGCCAAAAAUGGCCACUUCACAGACCAGAGCUUCGCCUGGGAAAAGCCCAAGGCUCUCAAGUUCUAA